GAAAGUUAUUAAACUUAUAGAAAGUGCUUUUUGCUGUGAAAUUUAAAUUUUUCAUUUUUUUUUUUUCAAAAAAAUAUCUAAAAAAUCCUAAAAUGAAUGCGUACGAGUUGAAAAAUUUGAUUGCCUCGGUGGAUUCCAUCGACUUUAUUGGGUUGGUGCGGUCGCACCCCUUACUUUACGACAUGAAGUCGAGGGGUUACAAAAACCCCCGGGAGAAGGCAGACGUUUGGGGUGCAAUCGCCCAGCAGGUGGUCCCGGAGUAUAGCUCUCAUUCGGACGAGGUGAAAGCCACUUUGGAAGAAGGACUUCAGAAGAAGUGGAAGAGCCUCAGGGACAACUUCCGGAGGGACCAUCACCGCAGAGCCGAGGGCAAAAAAAUGAGGCCUAUGAGCGCCCAAAAUCAGGCUCUUCAAUUUUUAGAGCCUUUCUUGAUGAAUGAAAGCGUGACGGAAAGCGUCGCGGAAGCGGUGGGAAGUGUGGCGGGAAGCCACCCACCGGUAUCAGAGGGAGAUUUGACCCGCGGCAAAAGUUUUGAUGAUGAUGGAGGAGACACUUCAACAGUGUCAGAGAGACAAGAACUGGGGCGGCCAUCAAAUCUUAACUUUAUGCUUGAUUUUGCAAUCGAUUUGCAAAGAGUCAAAGGCAAAAGCCGGCGAUUGAAGCUAAAGAGGAUGGUGAUGGCGGAAGUCAUCAAAAUUAAAAAUGAAAAUGAAGAUGACGACGAAGAUGACGAUGAAGCUGCAAUCGGUGGAGAUCGAAGUCCAGAUGAUGCUCGAGGGCAUAUGUCUGGGACAGAAGAGGAGGUGGAUUCAGAGGACCCAGUUUUUGCAUACGUCGUUGCAAACCGUAUGGAUGAGCUGGGUUUUUUUAAAAGAAAUAAAUUUAAAUCCACUGUUUUGUUGCUACUCAACAGUUUUUUUAGUUCCAAUAAAUUCUCAAAAAAUCCUGAUAAGUGUGCCGUUUCUGAUACCCAGAUAGAGGUAUUAAGAAAUAUAAAGGAAUCAAUAGAAUGGGUAAACUUGUGGAAACGACAGAAACCUGGAACUGUUUACUGUUUUGAUGGUUUGUGUCAAACAUUGAAUGGCAUUGUACAAUUGUGGGAUCACAUUAAAAGUGAUGUGCAACAGUAUCUUAUCACAUCGCAUCUGAAUACUGAUUGUCUUGAAAAUACAAUUUUCGUUAUAAGAAACAAUAAAGGUUCUUAUGAAAAAAAUCCCUCUUCAUUUCGUCUUCAUAAAAACUUGAAGCAAAUGUGCUUCUAUAACAUAAUGGCUCCCGAAACCACGAGUUAUGAACUCUCUAACGCCAACAAUGUUCUUAACAUGGCUGACGUCGAAAGUACAUUUUAA